AUGAACUUCCUUGUACUUUUUGCUGCCUGCGUCGCAGUGGCCUUCGCCCAAUAUCAGGUCAUCCCAAAGAAGAUUCCAUGGGUCUAACGUUUCAGUUUUAGCCUGAAGCGGCUCCAGCUCCAGAAUCUUACCCACCAGCGCCUCCACAAACCUACCCAGCACCAGCUCCAGGACCAUACCCAGGACCAUACCCGGAAGAACACGAUGACGAUCACAAGCCAAGAGGUUCGAAGUUUUCUUGACUGAUCCCACACUUACUUUCAGGCUACCGCAAACUGAAGAACCUUCACAUCACCGGAGUUGUCGAUGCCAGAAAGAGGUACUACAGCAGAAAUGCUAACAAAUCACGAAUAAGCCCGAUUUUCCAGAUACUUCACCCGCAGAGACGACGUUUUCGUGGCCAUCUCCUGCCCAAGAAACCCGACUCCAUCCGCCUACACGUGGAUCCUGGCCGACUCUCGCGACACCACCCCAAGCUUCGCCCCUGCCAACACAGUCACCCUUGCCGGAGGAAUAAACGUCGAGUACGUCGCCAAGCUCGGAAGCCACGGAAGAUGGGAAGGACGUGACUUCUUCCUGGACGACAAGCACAGAUUCCGUCGCGUCGGAUGCUUCCAGGGAACUGUCCCAUCCGGACUCCCAUAA